UUGUCUCUUGUUGCAGAUCCAAGUAAAGCAGAACUUACUGUACCUCCUUCAUGUUUUUUAUGCUUGGACUCUGUUAGCGUAGCUGAGCCUUUGUUCUACUAUCGGAUUAUUUACGACCUGUCCUUUUUCGUUGUACUGAUCGUUAUCGUGUUGAAUCUCAUUUUUGGUGUGAUCAUAGACACUUUUGGCGAUCUGAGGACCGAAAAGAAUGACAAGGAAGACAUACUGAAGAACACCUGCUUCAUCUGUGGAUUAGAACGCGGAAAGUUUGACAAUCGAUCAACAACAUUUGAAGACCAUCAGGCAGAAGAACACAAUCUUUGGCAUUACCUCUAUUUUAUUGUUUGGCUGCAAAUAAAGGACGAGACUGAGUUUACGGGACCUGAGAGCUAUGUAGCGCAAUGCAUCAAGGUAAAUUAUGUGAGUUCUGCCUCUUUACUGACACUCCAUUUUAGGACCGUAAUUUGGAUUGGUUCCCGAGAAUGCAAGCUAUAUCCCUCCAAGACGGCAGCAAUGAGACGGACCAACCUGAAAUCGUGGCGAUACGUGAACAGCUUCGACAGCAAAAUCAAUCCAUCAAGGAGUUGA